AUGCCUGAGGGAGUGUUGGCUUAUCAUAUUAACGAGAAAAAGGCCGCUUCCGAGUACGAGAAGUACGACCAUGUGCGUGAACGGUUCAGCUACUUCAUCGCCGUCCAGGUGUUUCUCGUAUACCUGAUCUUCCUCUACUACGAUUCCAUCAACGAAUAUCAUCCGCUGUUAGCAGGUGCCUUGCUCGCGGGACAAACGUCUUGUCUGGCACAGACGUUGAAUCAGUUCUACCACCGCUCAAUAAGCAUUUCCAAACAUAUCAAGUUCUACAUCUGGGGAGUCAUGAACGGAAUGGCCACUACACUCUGGAUCAAAAUGCUAAUGACAAAAGUCGACACACAGUCAAUGAGAUUUGUUUACGAUCAAACAUUUGGGGGAUUAGUGUUCCAGUUCCUCUUCAUUCUGUACAAUUGCAUUUGGGAAAGACAGGAUCUUCUAACACACAUGAAAACCACCUAUAUCCAGUCUUUGAAGUACUACUACAUGAUGUGGCCUUUUGUGUCGUAUCUUUGUUUUUUCCACAUCCCGAACCACCUUAUUUUCCCAAUCAAUUGCCUGUGCAAUUUGAUUUUCACAGUGCUGCUCACGCUGUUAACAUGA